AUGAACGAUGAGGCAGAGUCCUCUUCUGCCGGACUACGCCAUGGCGACGCUCCGAACUCACUCGUGAGCCCGGAGCUCGAUACAAUCGCUGACCCUGGAGAUACCCGAGAGCAGGAGAGAAGGACGAAGGAGAGGAGGUCUGAUGCAAAGAAGAAGAGGGUUGUCUUUCUAGACCAACUUCUUCGCGAACUCGAUACGCUUGUUUUCCUGGAGUUCAUCACCCUCUACCACCUUGACUGCUCAUUCUUUUGGUUUUUCGUUCGAAGUGCGAUACAAUUGACCGUAUUAACCCCACUUCCCGAUCUUCAACUUUCGCGACAACAUGAUGAGCAUAAACCUUAUAUGGCUCUCAUACUGGUCCACUUCGGGGUGACCUUCACUUUACACAUGAUGCAUGCUGCACCGGUAGCAGGGGAAGAUACCCGUGGCUAUCUGCAUGGUGGUCUGAUGAUCGACUUCAUAGGCCAGAAAGGUCCAACAAGUAAGUGGAAGCUCGCUAGUCUGGAUAUUUGUAUCCUAUUACUACAAGUGGUCAUGGUGUCGGUCCAUGUUAAAAGAAGAGGGCUCAAGAAGACAUUGGCCAAAAUUGCGGAUGGCACAACUGGUGCAGGCCGUACCGAAGGGGCUGGGCAUCAUACGGAGGGAGGAACAUCCGGAGGCUCUCCAGGCGACGGGAGGCGCGAACAAGAUGCUGAUGCGGAAGAACGAGGAGUCUUUCGGCGUACCGACAGUCUCUCGGACAUUGGCAUCGAGCUCGAUGAAGAAGACACUCUUUUACCAUCUUCUCCGGAAAUAGACCACACCGACGCAUUGGACACUCUCUCUUCUGGCCAGGCCGUAGUCGGUGAUUUCACGUUGAUUGAUACGCUGCUACAAUCUCAUGAAGAUUAUCAGGCGCAUAGACAUACACACACGGAUACAGGAUCAAGUACCAGUUUGUCCCCAACAGCUCUGCGCCAACUGCACACCAUUCGAGCUAGGUUCGGCGUGGGUGGAUGA